AUGCUUCCGAGUAAAGCGGGCGAGACCACUCCUCUGCAAUGGGGAAAAUCGGAAACCUCAUUUAUUACCUCAUUGUCCCGUGAUAUAGGCGAAUCAAUGUACUAUUCUUCCACUGUGGAAUUAUCUCAAUCUGACAGGGUGCAGCCGUCCCUAAGAACUGAAUUACGACGAGGGCGACCCCACCACAAGCUCUCCACUGCUGCUUCGCUAUUGGCCUCCACAGUUGCCCUUGUGGUAAUUGUUACUUGGCUGGCAUUCUGCAUCACGCCUCGAGGCACCAGAAGAGCAACACGGCUGGUGCAGCGACAUUUGUCCGGCCGCGGGGAAGAUCCCGACCUUAACAGCAUUUUGGAAGGUUGUUUGGAGUUAAGGGAGGAGCUUGGCCUCUCACAGGAUAUUUCGGAGCCUGAUGAGCCGCCAGAAGCGAAGAAGGCUAGGCUAUUUCUCAUGUUGAGGGAGUCGGGGGAAGCGUUUGAACGCAGGCAAGGGGACAAUUCACAUCUGUUGCCUGCAAGGGACUUCGGGCCCUCCCAGGGAUUUUUUGCAUAUGGACCGGGCCAGUUAGUUGAAAGGUCUGCAUUGGUGGCAUCCAAGCGUGAAGAAUCAAUCUCUGAUUGGGCAAGCAGACCUACUGCUCCUGCUUUAAAAAGGAGAUAUGCUCCAAGGGACACUGACGGUUCGAUAGCAGGCUCUUCCCCGUCACUGGUUUCUCUCCUGCAUGUUCCGUCAGUAAAACCUUCAAGUAGCCUUGCAUCCGAUUCUAGGGGCAUGACAGGCACUGAUAACUUAGGUGUAACCCCUGAAGACUGGAUACUGGAAGAUAUAGGUCAACAUGCCCCACAAGGAUGGGACGUGGUACCAAGAAGAGGAGAAUCAGCAUAUGAUUUCAUUAAGCGCACGUUACUUACGGGCCCUUCAGCAUAUUCCUCAGCAAAUCGUGCACCAGUAUUGCCAGUGGCAUCAUUCAUACCCAAUGUUCAAGUAUUUGGUGGGGCUGCGAGCGGCGCCACCUUUACUGGUGUCGAGCAGGGUGUAUACGAACACUCAGUCCAAGCAGCGACGUUGGUGACCGCAAAUGCUCAGCAAAAUUAUGUUGGCGUUGCACAGCCUUCAACUUUCGUCCGUCAACUGGAUGCAAAGACAACUGCAGAAUUAGCGCAAACUCCCGCAGAAAGGGUCCAUCUUCAUCCUUUUGUGAGGCUUCCACAUGUACUUCCGGAAGAUAUUACGCAGGUCUUUGAGGGGGCUCGAGCUUUGUCAAGUAAAGUUCCUGCGGGCAGCCCAAUGAAAAACUUUAAUUCGAUGCGAAUGUUAUUUGCUAAGCCUUCUCUAACCGCCCAAGACGUAAAGCAGUUGAUGGAUGAUUGUAGGUGCUUGAUCGCCUAUGCGUGCACGAAGCUAGCUGGCUCCCUUCGUAAACGUAAUGCGUUCUACGUUGUUAGGCGACUGGCCACAAUGUUCAUGGUAUUUGAUUACGUAGUGAGUACGAUCGAGCUCUUAGGGGAUAAAAUGGAUACCAAAAGCUGGUGGGAAAACUUCGUGGGACGAUUCUACACAAAUUACGCCUUUGAAAACAAGGACAAAGUCUCACGUGCCACACAAGAUUUGGGUGACCUUGCGUGCCGUUUAAGUUCUGCGUUGGCUAUCUACAAGACGGGAAUGCGACCAAGUCUUGGACAUAUAAUUGCAUUGAAGAGAGAGAUCUUUACCAACUUGAGAAAUGACAGCAUUUUCCACAAUCCUUCCUGGACUCACUGGCAGAUGGAUGACGCUAUCUUCAGCCGAGUUAACGCGAGCACUUAG